AUGUACAUUGAUAAACCAGUGCGAGUGCACAUGGAAAGACCAAUGCCUGUGCACAUAGAUAACACAAUGCCAAUACACAUUGAUAAAACAACACCAGUGCACAUAGAUAAAGCAUCAACAGUGCACAUACAUAAAUCAAUGCCAAUGCACAUAGAUAAACCAAUCCCAGCACACAUAGAUAAACCCAUGCAAGUGCACAUAGGUAAACCAAAGCCAGUGCACAUAAAUAAACCAAAGCCAGUGCACAUUGAUAAACCAAUGCCAGUGCACAUAGAUAAACCACUGCCAGUGCACAUAAAUAAACCAAUUCCAUUGCACAUAGAUAAACCAAUUCCACUGCACAUAGAUAAACCAAUGCUACUGCAUAGAGAUAAACCAAUGCCAGUGCACAUAGAUAUAUCAAGACCAGUGCACACAGAUAAACCAGUGCCACUGCACACAGAUAAACUAAUGCCAGUGAGCACAGAUAAACCAAUCCCAGUGCACAUAGAUAAAGCAAUGCCAAUGCACAUAGGUAAACCAAUGCCAGUGCACACAGAUAAACCAAUGCCAGUGCACAUAGAUAAACCAAUGCCACUGCAUGUAGAUAAACCAGUGCCAGUGCACAAAGAUAAAGCAAUAUCAAUGCACACAGAUAAACCAAAGCAACUGAAAAUAGAUAAACCAAAGCCAGCAUACAUAGAUAAAGCAAUGACAGUGCUCACAGAAAAGCCAAUGCCAGCGCAUAUAGAUAAACUAAUGCCUGUGCACAUAGAUACAACAAUGCCAGUGUACAUAGAUAAACCAAUGCCGAUGCAUAUAGAUAAACCAAUGUCAGUGCACAUAGAUAUACCAAGGCCAGUGCUGCCAGUGCACACAGAUAAACCACUGCCAGUGCUCACAGCUAAACCAAUGCCAGUGCACACAGAUAAGCCAAUGCCAGUGCACACAGAUAAACCAAUGCCAGUGCACAUAGAUAAACCAGUGCCACUGCACACAGAUAAACUAAUGCCAGUGCACACAGAUAAACCAAUGCCAGUGCAUAUAGCUAAAGUAAUUCCAAUGCACACAAAUAAACCGGUGCCAAUGUACAUAGAUAAACCAAUGCCAGUGCACAUAGAAAAAGCAUUGCCAAUGCACACACAUAAACCAAUGGCAAUGCACAUAGAUAAACCAAUGUCAGUGCACAUAGAUAAACCAGUGCCUGUGCACAUAGAUAAACCACUGCCAGUGUACAUAGAUUAG